AUGAAUAGAUUUAUUAAUGUAGUUGGUAGAUCUGCUUUGAACAGAGGAAUCAUCGGUGGUGUAAGACCAUCUUCAUUGUUGUCGUCUUCGUCAUUGGUAUCAUCAGUACAAUCAUCAACUACAGGUAUCACAACACUUCUUCCAAACUUGGCAAACGAAUCACUUUCAUAUCAAACACGUAACAUUUGGGUAUUCGGUAAAGACGCUGUAUCAAAAGACUAUGUUGAUCCAAACGCUCCAACUACAUAUCAAAUAAAGACUAUCUAUGGAAUGGAUAGAGUUGUAAAGGGCAGAGCAGGUGUAAAGAGAUUGAGAUUCAAUGGAUAUGUACCAGCAACUAUUACCGGUGGUGGAUUACCAUUGAGAAACAUCGUUGUAGAAUGGGGUAGAAUCUAUGGUUUAACAAAGACUUCAAAUUUUUACAAGAACAGAAAAUAUGUACUCAAUAUGAAUGAAAACGAAAAAGUAGUUGUUAGAUUAGCACAUGUCGAAGCACAUGCAGUUUCUGAGCGUGCAUUGUUUAUUAAAUUCGUUAGAACCAACGAUGAUCCAGCUACCAUCGAAUCAGAUACACUCCCACACAUCACAUACCAACAAGCAUUAGAUAAGAUUAAACAAGAAAGAAUUCAAAAGAAGAGAGAUUUCCAACAACUAUUAAAGAUCGAUCUUACCUUUAAGCCUGCAAUUCGUAAAUCUGCUACUGCUUGA